AUGGAUAUACUUGAUCGUGCGACGAAGGUGUCCGAUGGGAGAUGUCCCAAAGUUUGCGCCUGUCCACUUCUCCUUUCACCUGUCUGUGGCGAUGAUGGCGUGACUUAUGAUAACGAAUGCCAACUGGAGUGUCAAGGUGCGACGAAGGUGUCCAAUGGGCAGUGUACUGAAGUUUGCGCCUGUCCACGUCUCCUUUCACCUGUCUGUGGCGAUGAUGGCGUGACUUAUGAUAACGAAUGCCAACUGGAGUGUCAAGGUGGAACGAAGGUGUCCAAUGGGGGAUGUCCCAAAGUUUGCGCCUGUCCACUUCUCCUUUCACCUGUCUGUGGCGAUGAUGGCGUGACUUAUGAUAACGAAUGCCAACUGGAGUGUCAAGGUGCGACGAAGGUGUCCAAUGGGCAGUGUACUAAAGUUUGCGCCUGUCCACGUCUCCUUUCACCUGUCUGUGGCGAUGAUGGCGUGACUUAUGAUAACGAAUGCCAACUGGAGUGUCAAGGUGGAACGAAGGUGUCCAAUGGGGGAUGUCCCAAAGUUUGCGCCUGUCCACUUCUCCUUUCACCUGUCUGUGGCGAUGAUGGCGUGACUUAUGAUAACGAAUGCCAACUGGAGUGUCAAGGUGCGACGAAGGUGUCCAAUGGGCAGUGUACUAAAGUUUGCGCCUGUCCACGUCUCCUUUCACCUGUCUGUGGCGAUGAUGGCAUGACUUAUGAUAACGAAUGCCAACUGGAGUGUCAAGGUGCAACAAAGGUGUCCGAUGGGAGAUGUCCCAAAGUUUGCAUCUGUCCACUUCUCCUUUCACCUGUCUGUGGCGAUGAUGGCGUGACUUAUGAUAACGAAUGCCAACUGGAGUGUCAAGGUGGAACGAAGGUGUCCGAUGGGGGAUGUCCAAACGUUUGCGCCUGCCCACUUCUCCUUUCACCUGUCUGUGGCGAUGAUGGCGUGACUUAUGAUAACGAAUGCCAACUGGAGUGUCAAGGUGCGACGAAGGUGUCCAAUGGGCAGUGUACUAAAGUUUGCGCCUGUCCACGUCUCCUUUCACCUGUCUGUGGCGAUGAUGGCGUGACUUAUGAUAACGAAUGCCAACUGGAGUGUCAAGGUGCGACGAAGGUGUCCAAUGGGCAGUGUACUAAAGUUUGCGCCUGUCCACGUCUCCUUUCACCUGUCUUUGGCGAUGAUGGCGUGACUUAUGAUAACGAAUGCCAACUGGAGUGUCAAGGUGCGACGAAGGUGUCCAAUGGGCAGUGUACUAAAGUUUGCGCCUGUCCACGUCUCCUUUCACCUGUCUGUGGCGAUGAUGGCGUGACUUAUGAUAACGAAUGCCAACUGGAGUGUCAAGGUGGAACGAAGGUGUCCAAUGGGGGAUGUCCCAAAGUUUGCGCCUGUCCACUUCUCCUUUCACCUGUCUGUGGCGAUGAUGGCGUGACUUAUGAUAACGAAUGCCAACUGGAGUGUCAAGGUGCAACGAAGGUGUCCGAUGGGGGAUGUCCCAAAGUUUGCAUCUGUCCACUUCUCCUUUCACCUGUCUGUGGCGAUGAUGGCGUGACUUAUGAUAACGAAUGCCAACUGGAGUGUCAAGGUGGAACGAAGGUGUCCGAUGGGGGAUGUCCAAACGUUUGCGCCUGCCCACUUCUCCUUUCACCUGUCUGUGGCGAUGAUGGCGUGACUUAUGAUAACGAAUGCCAACUGGAGUGUCAAGGUGGAACGAAGGUGUCCAAUGGGGGAUGUCCCAAAGUUUGCGCCUGUCCACUUCUCCUUUCACCUGUCUGUGGCGAUGAUGGCGUGACUUAUGAUAACGAAUGCCAACUGGAGUGUCAAGGUGGAACGAAGGUGUCCGAUGGGGGAUGUCCCAAAGUUUGCGCCUGUCCACUUCUCCUUUCACCUGUCUGUGGCGAUGAUGGCGUGACUUAUGAUAACGAAUGCCAACUGGAGUGUCAAGGUGCAACGAAGGUGUCCGAUGGGGGAUGUCCAAACGUUUGCGCCUGCCCACUUCUCCUUUCACCUGUCUGUGGCGAUGAUGGCGUGACUUAUGAUAACGAAUGCCAACUGGAGUGUCAAGGUGCGACGAAGGUGUCCAAUGGGCAGUGUACUAAAGUUUGCGCCUGUCCACGUCUCCUUUCACCUGUCUGUGGCGAUGAUGGCGUGACUUAUGAUAACGAAUGCCAACUGGAGUGUCAAGGUGCGACGAAGGUGUCCAAUGGGCAGUGUACUAAAGUUUGCGCCUGUCCACGUCUCCUUUCACCUGUCUGUGGCGAUGAUGGCGUGACUUAUGAUAACGAAUGCCAACUGGAGUGUCAAGGUGGAACGAAGGUGUCCAAUGGGGGAUGUCCCAAAGUUUGCGCCUGUCCACUUCUCCUUUCACCUGUCUGUGGCGAUGAUGGCGUGACUUAUGAUAACGAAUGCCAACUGGAGUGUCAAGGUGGAACGAAGGUGUCCGAUGGGGGAUGUCCCAAAGUUUGCGCCUGUCCACUUCUCCUUUCACCUGUCUGUGGCGAUGAUGGCGUGACUUAUGAUAACGAAUGCCAACUGGAGUGUCAAGGUGCAACGAAGGUGUCCGAUGGGGGAUGUCCCAAAGUUUGCAUCUGUCCACUUCUCCUUUCACCUGUCUGUGGCGAUGAUGGCGUGACUUAUGAUAACGAAUGCCAACUGGAGUGUCAAGGUGGAACGAAGGUGUCCGAUGGGGGAUGUCCAAACGUUUGCGCCUGCCCACUUCUCCUUUCACCUGUCUGUGGCGAUGAUGGCGUGACUUAUGAUAACGAAUGCCAACUGGAGUGUCAAGUUGCGACGAAGGUGUCCAAUGGGCAGUGUACUAAAGUUUGCGCCUGUCCACGUCUCCUUUCACCUGUCUGUGGCGAUGAUGGCGUGACUUAUGAUAACGAAUGCCAACUGGAGUGUCAAGGUGCGACGAAGGUGUCCAAUGGGCAGUGUACUAAAGUUUGCGCCUGUCCACGUCUCCUUUCACCUGUCUGUGGCGAUGAUGGCGUGACUUAUGAUAACGAAUGCCAACUGGAGUGUCAAGGUGGAACGAAGGUGUCCGAUGGGGGAUGUCCAAACGUUUGCGCCUGCCCACUUCUCCUUUCACCUGUCUGUGGCGAUGAUGGCGUGACUUAUGAUAACGAAUGCCAACUGGAGUGUCAAGGUGCGACGAAGGUGUCCAAUGGGCAGUGUACUAAAGUUUGCGCCUGUCCACGUCUCCUUUCACCUGCCUGUGGCGAUGAUGGCGUGACUUAUGAUAACGAAUGCCAACUGGAGUGUCAAGGUGGAACGAAGGUGUCCGAUGGGGGAUGUCCCAAAGUUUGCGCCUGUCCACUUCUCCUUUCACCUGUCUGUGGCGAUGAUGGCGUGACUUAUGAUAACGAAUGCCAACUGGAGUGUCAAGGUGCAACGAAGGUGUCCGAUGGGGGAUGUCCCAAAGUUUGCAUCUGUCCACUUCUCCUUUCACCUGUCUGUGGCGAUGAUGGCGUGACUUAUGAUAACGAAUGCCAACUGGAGUGUCAAGGUGGAACGAAGGUGUCCGAUGGGGGAUGUCCAAACGUUUGCGCCUGCCCACUUCUCCUUUCACCUGUCUGUGGCGAUGAUGGCGUGACUUAUGAUAACGAAUGCCAACUGGAGUGUCAAGGUGCGACGAAGGUGUCCAAUGGGCAGUGUACUAAAGUUUGCGCCUGUCCACGUCUCCUUUCACCUGUCUGUGGCGAUGAUGGCGUGACUUAUGAUAACGAAUGCCAACUGGAGUGUCAAGGUGCGACGAAGGUGUCCAAUGGGCAGUGUACUAAAGUUUGCAUCUGUCCACGUCUCCUUUCACCUGUCUGUGGCGAUGAUGGCGUGACUUAUGAUAACGAAUGCCAACUGGAGUGUCAAGGUGGAACGAAGGUGUCCAAUGGGGGAUGUCCCAAAGUUUGCGCCUGUCCACUUCUCCUUUCACCUGUCUGUGGCGAUGAUGGCGUGACUUAUGAUAACGAAUGCCAACUGGAGUGUCAAGGUGGAACGAAGGUGUCCGAUGGGGGAUGUCCCAAAGUUUGCGCCUGUCCACUUCUCCUUUCACCUGUCUGUGGCGAUGAUGGCGUGACUUAUGAUAACGAAUGCCAACUGGAGUGUCAAGGUGCAACGAAGGUGUCCGAUGGGGGAUGUCCCAAAGUUUGCAUCUGUCCACUUCUCCUUUCACCUGUCUGUGGCGAUGAUGGCGUGACUUAUGAUAACGAAUGCCAACUGGAGUGUCAAGGUGGAACGAAGGUGUCCGAUGGGGGAUGUCCAAACGUUUGCGCCUGCCCACUUCUCCUUUCACCUGUCUGUGGCGAUGAUGGCGUGACUUAUGAUAACGAAUGCCAACUGGAGUGUCAAGGUGCGACGAAGGUGUCCAAUGGGCAGUGUACUAAAGUUUGCGCCUGUCCACGUCUCCUUUCACCUGUCUGUGGCGAUGAUGGCGUGACUUAUGAUAACGAAUGCCAACUGGAGUGUCAAGGUGGAACGAAGGUGUCCAAUGGGGGAUGUCCCAAAGUUUGCGCCUGUCCACUUCUCCUUUCACCUGUCUGUGGCGAUGAUGGCGUGACUUAUGAUAACGAAUGCCAACUGGAGUGUCAAGGUGGAACGAAGGUGUCCGAUGGGGGAUGUCCCAAAGUUUGCGCCUGUCCACUUCUCCUUUCACCUGUCUGUGGCGAUGAUGGCGUGACUUAUGAUAACGAAUGCCAACUGGAGUGUCAAGGUGCAACGAAGGUGUCCGAUGGGGGAUGUCCCAAAGUUUGCAUCUGUCCACUUCUCCUUUCACCUGUCUGUGGCGAUGAUGGCGUGACUUAUGAUAACGAAUGCCAACUGGAGUGUCAAGGUGGAACGAAGGUGUCCAAUGGGGGAUGUCCCAAAGUUUGCGCCUGUCCACUUCUCCUUUCACCUGUCUGUGGCGAUGAUGGCGUGACUUAUGAUAACGAAUGCCAACUGGAGUGUCAAGGUGGUGUGAGUAAAGUACGAUGCCAAGUGACAAACCCAACUCGUCCAGAGGACUGCAAGUGUCCAACACGAUUCAGACCUGUGUGUGGAGAUGACAACAAGACGUACCGUAAUGCGUGCUUCCUGCAGUGUUUGUCGAGCGGCCACUUAGCCCGUCGUGGGGUCUGUCGCGGUGACAGGUUCAGAGACCUCGUCCCUCGGUUUCGUCUCCAUCCUGAGACGAGGGGAAGAAUCAUACACUAAAAUUUGAAAAGCGAAUGCUGAUAUCUGCAGGAUUGUCAGAUGCACAUGAUUGAGAGAAGAUGCUCAGAGAUGUUGAAUAUAUUCUAAGUUUUUCGGAAAUUGAUUCUUUUAAGAGAAUUCUACAUAAAAUCCAGCUUGAAAUACAUGGAGGGGGUGGUUCGAAAUAUUGCAAUCAAUAAAUUACUGUUACUCCAAUCAGUCACUGCUUUGUAUUCACA